UCAGUCGAGCCGUGUGCCGCGUCGCGUUAGUGUCGUGCGGUAGUGCCUGCGUUUCGCGUGUCUCGUCGAGAGCAUCGACGAUGACGUCUUCCUCGUCCCGAUUAUGAGCGGCGCGCGCUCCUCACCAAGAUCACCGGCCACGUUCUCCCCGUCGUUAUUGCCGUUUUUUCUCCAUUUUCACGCGGGCCGUCGAUCGGAGAAGCCGCGCGUCAGGGCUACCAACGAACUUUCGUUCGUUGUCGCCUUGCUUCGACUUCGCGAAAUCGCGAGAUCGAACGUCGCCGGGCGAUCACUUUCGAAUCCGUCUGCCGGUUUCGUUGGCAAGUCUGCGUACACGAGGGGAAACUUCAACGCGUGGAAUAGCCGACCGUUAACGUCGCGAGUGACUGCACGGGAUUCUCUGGAGAACGUCGAGUUGCGAUUUUCGGACGAGUGCCGGUCCGGUUGUCGCGACAAAAAGUGUCUCAUCGCUGAGUAAAUCGCGCUCGAUUCUCGAUUGUUUGCAACGCUCGCUUCGUUCAGUGUACGCUUUAUCGGGGACGAGUAACCGAGGCGGACUCGUCGAAUGUAACCGGGUGAAUGUAGCCGAGUGACAGUGCGUCGCGAGAGUUUUUUGAAAAUUCCUGCGGAAAGCGAGCGGGAGGGAGACCGUUCGCGGAUCAUUUCGCCGACGUUGCCAAGUUUCCGUUGCUUUCAGCGGAAGGACCCUUCGCUCGUCCGUCGUCACGAAGAUCUCACGUGAUCUAUAAUCGUCUUCCGCUGAAAAAGCGCGGAUCCGAGCGGAUUUUCGAACGAUCGGACAACGUCGCUCGUGAACUUUGUCGAGUCUUCAACGAUCGACGACGUAAAUCGCCGAGAUUCAUAUCGUCCCUGUCGGAUCUCUCGAGCUCCUUGGAAUGGUGGACUUGCUUCAGUUAAUCGCGUAGUGACUUUCGCGCCAUGUUUUCUCAUCGAUCUCCCUCGAGUGACGUAACCAGCGAGUGCGCGGAAUUAUUUUAACCAAGUGCCCAAGUACAUUCGAGUUACAACCUUAUCCCUCGUCGUGAAUAACCGGUCGAAAUUGCAUCAUCGAACAUCAGCGGCUCGAAUUCCGCGAAACGUACGCCAGGAGACAGAGGCAAAACAGACGAGGAUCGGAUGUCACGCGUGCGUUAGAAGAAGACGGAUAGACCCGUCUAAAUUUUCCCGGAACCGAGAGCGAGAUUCGAUCGUCGACUUUUCGAGCCGAGGUGUCCUCGCUUUUUUCUUCAAGAAUCAUUCUUUCGGAAGCGAGAAGAAGACGCAGCGAUCUUACGUCCUCGUGUAUCUCGUAAUGCGCCGAAGAGCGGUACACGUCAAACGGGGAACGUGACCAUCGCCAGCCAGCCCCCCUCCCCCCUCCUACCGCAUGUUCGGAAAGUCGGCGAGACGACCCUCGUUAGUAUCGCGGCCGAUCGCGGGGGAGAGAAUGUCACGUUGAAACGUGAGAACGGACGCGAGUUUACGCUGAAUCGGACGAAUCGAGUUUCGACGAGAGAUCCGCGCGUCUCGAUGGACGUUCGUCUGGGAAACGAUCCCGCGAGAUGGUAGCGAGGCACAGCGGAUAAGGAGACGGGACAGGGAUCGUCGUGCGAGGGGAAGAGGUGGGAAAGGGUGGGCGAAGAACCGAGUGAGCGGGCGAGGAGAGCCGGGGAGAGAUUUUAAAAGAGCGAACUCGCGGGGGCGUAGCCGGGGCCCACGCGUGCACAAGAGCGAGAUGACGAUGGCGAGUAACAUCGUGGUCGAGUGGCUGCGCUCGCUCCACCUCGGCCAAUACUCGGAGUCGUUCAUCGACAAUGGCUACGACGACCUUGAGAUCUGCAAGCAGAUCGGCGAUCCGGAUCUCGACGCGAUCGGCGUCUUCAAUCAGAAGCACCGGGCCCGCCUGCUGCAGUCGGUCAAGACCCUGCGCGAGGAGGGGGCCGCGAGUGUGUACUUUACGCUGGAGGAGACGAACGACAGCAACUGCGACAACAUCAGCUCCAAGUCAUCGAGGACGUCGUCCGAGAGGCCGCCCAGCGACAAAGAGGCGCAGCGAGCGUCGCCCACGGCGAGCUCCUCGAGCGGCGGUCAAGAGUUGACCAAGUUCGCCGACGAGUACGAGGAGGGCAAGGCCGAACUCGUGAGAAUUCCGAGGAUGCAGCUGAGGAUGCUGCUGCAGGAGAAGCUGAGACACGACGGCAUCAGGCUGGCCUGUCAACCGUACACCACGCCGGAGGGUGAGAGGGGAUACUUGGAGGGACUCGCUUCGAGGUACGCGGAUCUCUUCAGAACACAUUACGGAGAUGUUUUGGAACCGCUCGAGGAGUUACGCCGGCGAGAAACAAACGCUUCUGCCAGAAUGCCCAACACUCAGCUCACCACCAGUCAUUCACAGCCCAUUUACGUGCCCGGGAAGUACUCGCCCUCGAGCUGCCUCAGCGACAAGGAGGAGGAUGAAAUCUAUGGCUUCGGAUACGGUGUCUUCAGCAGACAGAUGCUUCAGCAUCGACAGCAGAAGCUCGCACUCGCCACACAAAACACGACUAGUGCCGUGACAUCAGGUGGACCUCAGCCAACCUACCAAAGUUGUCUGAGCCCGAGAUCUGCGUUCUUCUACGAGUUCCCGCCUAACGAACAGGGACAAAAUACGAGUAAGAAAAAGACGACAUUUUCGAGAUUGUUACGAGGAUUGAAGACUCAUAGGAAAGAGAAACAAGGACAGCAAGCUCAAGGCUCUCCCAGGCACGGUCGCGCAAGGAUGGGCGUCCCUCAAAGGGUAGAUACUCCUGACAGCGUUCUGCAAAGUGGCUUAGGUCUCGGACCCGAUAUGGGACACACGAUUCUUCGUUCGAUGGUGGAUCCUAGAGAUUACGAUCGACUGAGAUAUUUACAGAUGAAUGGCGGACAACCAAACAGCUUCGAAGAAACCAUACACAGACUGAAAGUUCAAGAGGCGCUACGUAAGAAAGAGCGAUUCCACAAAGAGCACGAGGAGAUACUGAGGGAUAUCCGGCAAGGUUUAAUGCAGCUAGGACGAGAUGGACGGGGUCAGCUCCCUGGGGAUGAUACGUACAUGUACGAUGAAGACGCGCGAUGCGGAGGUGCGGGCGGUUUAGGACCAGGUGGUCAACACUGGUACGACGAACCGCCUUAUGAAUCGGAUCCCGAAGACUUUCUUAUGGGAGCUAGCGGUGGUCCGGUACCUACCGCGACUAUUCAAAAUGGAAGGGUGUGCUUUACACUGAACUUGAGGCCGGAGAAUCGAGGGGAGGGCGUGAUCUCUCUUCGAACAGCUGGUGAUAUCAGCCUGCCGCGCGAUCGCUCGAGAAAAGGUGCGACGUCGACGAUGCGAGGUCUCAUCGUUCCUCAGGGUCACAAUAAUCCGCCGACGAUUAUACCCUUAACACAUUCAAGAGCUUCGCGUGAGAGCGGAGAUUACGCGAGUAGCGAUGUGCAGAGUGUGAGCUCGAGACUGUCGACUGUGUCGGUGGACACGAGUAGGAGCGACCAGCCUCCGGUGGGCGGUUGCCAUCCCGAUCGGCCGGAGCAUCACCACGAGCACCAUCACAACCAUCGUCAUCAUCACGAACAUCACUCGGUCUCACCCCGAUCCAAUCAACGUCACCCCGCCGCUACUAGCACGACCAUAACCAACACCGUCGACGCAACGUCACCGCAAAGCAACGCGCAACGUCGCCCGAUUCCCAGAUAUAGCCGGAGUAGCGGCGAGGAGGGACUGUCGCCCAGCCAGAGCAGCGACUACGAAGAUCAAGAGGAACUCGAGAGUCAACACUCGGCUGCCGUACACACAUCGGAGGCCAGCGCUCUGCUGGAGAGCGACGCCAGGGCGGGAAUCGCGGGCCGGGCGAGGAAUUUGAGGCACGACGUGCAGCGAAAGAUCUCGAGGCUGCGCCAGGACCGCGCGUCCUCGGAAGCCUUCCCGUGCAGCGCGAGCAGCGUCGAGAGCCUGCCGAGCGGAAGUGGCUCGAGCACGCAGGCACUGGUCCGUGCGGGAAGCAAUCACAGCUCGAUAUCCUGCGAGGACAGGGACGCCAUCAGCCCGACGUCCAUCGGGCCUGUUCUCUGCAGAGCGAGAGCGCUCGUAGAUUACACCCCCAGUCCGUACGACAAGGACGUUCUCAAGUUCAAGAAGGGGGACAUAAUCGAUGUGGUACAAAUGAACAAGAGCGGACUGUGGAAGGGCGUCGUACACAACAGGAUAGGCCACUUCAAGUUUAUAAACGUCGAGAUACUGAACGACAGGGUACCUAGACGAGGGGAGCCGGAGCGGGGCAAGUGGGGUCAGAGAUAUAGGCAGAAGCCGGGUUCCGUUCAAGAGCUCUUGCAGAGAAUGAAUCUUCAGGAACAUAUUCCAGUUUUUAUAUUGAACGGAUACGAGGAUCUGGAGCUCUUCAGGGAGUUGGAGGCGGCGGAUCUGGACUAUUUGCGUAUACAUCAACCCGAGGAUCGUGCCAAGAUACUCACCGCCGUGCAGCUUCUACACGAUCUUCAGUCGGGUAGCGAAGGUGACCUGGCUUCCAGCUCGGAGGGUGACGAGGUCAGCCGUCUGGUUUUAACCUCCGGCCAGACAUCCGGCCACUGUUCUCCCUUCAACCGACGCCAGUUCCCGCGAGACUCCGGCUGUUACGACGCGCACAAGAAUACGACCAGUCGACGGACCAUCAGCCCGGAAUCAACCACGACGUCGGUGAAGCUGUCGAGAGAGAACAAUUUGGAUAGCGCGUCGACGGCAGCCACGAAGAGCGGCGCGGCCACUGCAGAGGGUGGUUUGGCCGAUUCGAAGGACGACUUUCAUCCCAAUAUACCAAUCUCCGGGCCGGUGGAAAGAAAAGAGAGCCAGUUCGAGAAGUCGCCGUUGCUGCGGGGCGGCAACGUGCGAUAUAUCGCGAAAAGAGGUACCUUCGGCGAGACGGUGGUCAUCGAGGACGCCUGCGAGGCUGGCCCAAAACUAGGCGGUAUGGUCAAAUACAUGGUCGGCGGUACCGGCGAUCUCGGUCUGGAGAACACCGGCAACGUCGCCGGGCUCGGCCAGCGCGGUUGUCUCAGCGAAAAAUCCAGCGAUUCCGGCGUCAGCUCGUCCAGCAUCAGCUCGGCGCCUCCUCCCAGGGACAAGGUUCUCGCAUCAACCAGCGUCCUCUCGGACUCGCCGACCAAGAGCUUUGGCAGCUUCACCAGGGCAUCGCCGACUUCCCAGGCUGGUAGCAAAACUCAGAAUAGUGACGGGAGUUAUCAAUGAGAGGAGCAGCAACGAAUCGAUAGGUCGGCGAGUCGUAGUGCGAUCUUGAGCAUGAAGGUAAGAAAAAUGAAAAUGAAAGAAUUACUUAAUAAUUGGAAACCCAUUGAGCAGCCUUAAUUCAGAUUCAAGGGAAAUUUACGUGAUUGCGAUCGAUUCUAGGCUGCGAUUCGUCUGCGAAAAAAUUGAGCAAUGUCGGGAUCAACGAAUACUUCGGAUAUGUAUUUUGUAUUCGAUAAUAAGAAAGAUACAACUUCCGAAUCCGAUCCUAAUGAAUGUACGUCGCAACAAGAUGUUUCUUCCACUCCGAAUAACGUGCAGAGUUAAAGCAAUUUUAAUGAAAUUAACGAUAGUAAUAAUUGACGCAGAUAUGCUAUGUUGUAAAAUUGUCAAGUAUGCGGUGCAUACAAACGUAUCCCGAUUUGAAUACGUAAAGCAAUAUCUUAUUUCCUAUUAUUAAUUCUUUUUAUUAAAACAAAUGUAUAAAUAAAAGAUCCUACUUUGUUUGUCACGAACACACGUGAUCGUAAAUUCGAAUAUCUCUUGACACGCGCCGAUAUUAACGUCGAGAGAAAUAUUUUGUUAUUCCCUAUCUUGGAUAUUCGAGGAUGUCGAGGGAAAGUGAUUCGAGGCAAGAAUCGCGCAAAAUUCUGAAAUUCAGAAUUUCUUAAUUUAACAAGAACUGCCGAAAGGAUGCGCGAGCAAGAGUUUCUUCGCGUCACGUUUGAUUCGAAAGAAGGUGCGUUUAACGAGAAGAGCGAGGCUGAGCACGAUGUCACUGCCAGUCAUCAUUCUGAUCAUUCUGAUACAUUUGUCGAUUGCUCUUGGUUUAUCGAAAUCAAGCCAAGUCACAUCGCGCCUAAUUAUAUAAUUAAUAAUAGGAAUAAUAAGUGAAUAUUAUGUGAUAUGGUAGCAAUAUACGAUCGAUUAAUCGAAUAGGUAGAGACGAAAGGAACGACGGCCAACGACGACGUGAAUCGUCGUCGCGAUCCAAUGCGUACAAUAAAUAAAUGAUGAGAGAAAAAAGAAGGAAUAAAGAGAUCCGUUGUAUAUAAUAAAGGCGCGCCCCCAUUACUUUUGAUUUCGCAUUCGAUGCUAUUUAUCGAUUUCUAACAAGAAAACUUGGCGAUUCGUUACUGCAAACACUAUAUAGUUUAUCUGAUACGUGCGAUAUAGUCCGUGAAAAACUGCCAACGUUAUUGCUCUUGUUCCUGUCUCUCUCUUCAGAGAUAGCGGGGUCUCUUAUCUCAUAUAUUUUCAACUCUUUUAUACGUUAAAUCGAUCUCAUCGCUAUAUGAAAGACGUGCGUAAACCGUACGAGAGAUAGUUAUGAAUCAUCUCGAGACAAUUUUCCGCUUAAAUAUAGCAAACUCUCGCGAGGAUCCAUCUUUCUUAUCCAGUGAUGUAGACGGAUUAUCGGAUCACAGGAUGCCUUAUGAGCGUUUUUCACUAGCUUAUUUUACUUAGCUUAUUUACGCGACCUUAAUAAAGCCCACUGCACACCCUCGAACAACGUCGGCCCUCGCGAGGGAAAUAUCUCGUUUGCUUUUUCACCUUUCGCAUAAUUUUUUACGGAAUAACGACGACACGAAGUUUAUCCACGGCACCGAUUAUUAUGCCGCGUCGCUUACUAUUACGAUCGACAAUCCCCCAUCGUCGAUGCGACUCACAAGUUCUUCGACACGAUGGUAAUCUGUACAUGUGUAUAUUGACCACGUCACGGGAGAAGAAAACGUUGAAAGUUACAGAGAUUUUGUAUGUACGCAUACACAUAUAUAUAUAUAUGCGUAGAACUUAACGAUGUUUUGUAUUGAUCUUGCCCGUUUGCCAAAAUUUAAGACUAGGCUCUAUACGCGAUAUACUAUAUAUAUACAUAUAUAUAUUAUACCGUUGGAUUUUAUUGUACAUCUCUUGUAUAGUGUAAAAUCAUAGAUGAAUUUACGAGACGCGGGAGCGCAAUCAGAAAAAGAGCUGCGGGAACAGAUGGGCGGAGCCGAGAAGCCCGAUGGAUAAUAAUAGUAAUUUGUAAGUAAUAAUUUUAGUAUGUGUGAAGGGGAGGCGAUUCGAAGCGCAUUAUUAUUAAUUAAAGUAGUAGAAAAAAAAAUAUGCAGGACACGCACCCAUCCCCGAAUGAAUGAACCAUCGAAAUAGCACGUUGACAGAGAAGGUGGUGAGAGAUAUUGGAGAGUUCUUGCAAUGCCGUGUUUUUCACACUUACGAUAAACACUAAAGUGUUGCAUAUCCAUUUAAUUGACAAAUAAAAGGAUCAUUGGAGAUAAUGUAAUCGUACCAAAACUAGCCAGAAUUUUUGUUUAUUAAUUACGACGUUUCGACAAUAUGCUUGUGGUCCUUUUCAAGUACACGCUGGAAUAUGAAAUGAACAAUUAGAUUUUCAACGGUUUGAAUAAACAAUGAAAUGUGAACAAUUUGAGUACACACGGAUCAAAUGGUAGAUAUAAAUCAUGGUAUUGUAAACUGCACAAGUCACAAGUUGAUUCAAUUAUUGAAUUAUUGAAAAUCAAAUUGUUCACAUUUAAUUCGUGUGUGUACUGUUUAUUCAAACCGUUGAAAAUCCAAUUGUUAAUUUCAUAUUCCAGUAUAUACUUGAAAAGGACCACAAGCAUAUGAUCGAAACGUAAUUAAUAAACAAAAAUUCUGGCUAGUUUUGAUCGAUUACAUUAUUUCCAACGAUCCUUUGAUUAAUUGACUAGCGAUAUUAAGAUAAUUUAUGACAAAUAAAACUUGCGCUCGGUGUGUGUGUUCACACACGCGGUUUCCAAUAGAAUAUCUUAAUAAUCCUCGGAUAGGGAUAAAUUAAACGAUGACGAUAUUCUUACGCGAAUGCGGAUGAUCGGGCAAGUUCGAGAUGAUAAUUGAGAGCUUAGUGUUUAUCGUAUUCGAUGUACGUUAUUGCAAUAACGUUAUAAAAAUUUACUGAAAGCUACAAGCGUUUCACAAGCGAUACAUGUACAUUUCCCACAUUGUCAUCAUCUAACGUGUAAGGUAGAGAGCGUGCUUCUUUUUACCACAUUGUCGCAACACGGAAAACAAAUUAGGAGGAGGUAGAGAAGAGAUUCGGUCGAUUCAAAAGUCAGCCAUGAUUAGAUCGACCGUGUCGCAAGUUGCUUCCAUCGAGAUUGAUCGACGUAUUCGCGAGCAUGCAUGGAAGGAAAUUUUGAGAUCAAGUUCCGCUCGCUUUAUCCAGUGGACCCCUUCUUUUUAACGAGUUUACGCGACGAUUCGACGAUUCGAAUAGUACCGAGGAGGCUUAUUCAUUAAACGAUAUAUCGACUUCGAUGACGUCUGCUAGUUUAUCCGUUCCGUCGAGAAUACUGACAAGCGUAGAGAAUGAGCGAGGCGAUUAUUACGAGACAAUGGACGAGAUUGUGAGGGAGAGAAUUGAAAAUUGAGCGCGUGUGUGGGAGCGUACGUGUGAGCGAAUUGAAAAGGAAGACGACACGCGAUGUUAAAUUAGUAACGAGUUUAUGAGAAUACGAAUAGACACGAUAGUGAUUUUAUUAGCUCGGGAAAAAAAAAAUUAUGCAGCGUUUGAUGUAAAGUAAACUUAUUCUAAUCGUAGACCCUGCCCUGCCCUGCCCCUUCCCCCUCCCCCUCCUUCUCCGCCCCCCCCCACGCUCUCCCUUCGAGAAAAAGGCGCAGUAAUCGAAAAUAGAAUAAUUUAAGGGAAUCUUAUGAGGAGGAAGCGAUGAAUCGUCGAUGAAAGAAGGCCUAUGAUGGCGUCGCCUCGCAAAACGCCCCCUCGAAAAACGGCGUAGCGCGAUCGCUAAAGAUAAAUUUAUUCGUCACAAUCGAGAAGCGCGACGCUUUCUCGGUGAUUUGCUGAAGCGGAAAGAAGUUUAAGCGUUUUAACGUAGCGGUCUAGUCCAUUCUUCUCGCGUGGUUAACGAAAAUAUAUAAUGUACAUAAAAUAAAUAAAAUGAAGAAACACACAAGAUUUAGAGAGAGAGAAAGAGAGAAUCGGCGAUCGCGAGCGCGCGAAAAUUAGCGCGCAUCGUCGUCGGACCUUUUUAUAAGCUGAUUUUGUAUUUAUUCGUUAAUUGCGGGAUUUGUAGAUGGCCACGAAAUCACACAUAAUUCUAAUCUCGUCUCUCGGUUCUCGUAUGAUUUCCAACGAUAAGUGUUAAUUUAUUGACUGUGAAUAGAAAUAAACGAUGGAAGAUACAAACGAG